AUGGUCGAAGAAGUUUCAGAAACGGAAUGCGGUGUUGAGGGUAAACGGCCGUGCAGAAACUGUGGUUGUCAGGACUAUAGACCAUGGACACAAGUUAACUCAACAACUACAGCAACAUGUAAUUUUACUGCAUGUAAUUCUCAACGAAUAUCAUGUUCAUCGAAUCUUGAUUGCGAUUGUUUUUCAUUAACAUCCCAUUCGAACGUAGGAAUAUGUGCUUCAGCUAUUUUCUCCUGUGCAAGUUUUGUACGAUGUAAUAUGGAUAAUGUCACUUGUUCAAUCGAGAGUACAAUCUGUGUGAAUAGUACACGAUGUGGUGAACCAAUAUGUUAUCCAUUAGCUAUGGCAAACAAACAAAUUUGUCCACCAAAAAUUGUUUCAACUACAACAUUACAUACAACAGCUCCAGUACCUACAACAAGCACAGCUAAAUCUACAACAAAGAGUGCUACAAUAACUCAGAAGCCUACAAAUACAACUAAAGCAUCAACAACAACUCCGAAGACCAUAAAUACCACUAAAGCAGUAUCAACAACAAUUCCGAAGGCUACAAAUACCACUAAAGUACCAACAACAACAAUCCAUUCCGAGACUACAACUGGUGGACCUAGCACAACCACUAAAGCAUGCUCAUUUUCAUUUGCACCGAUGGUUUCAUAUUCCGCCGGUGUAACUCCACAAAUGAUUGCUACUGGUGAUUUUAAUGGUGAUCAUCGAGCAGAUCUUGUCGUCACUAAUGUUAAUAAUGAUACAAUUAGCGUAUUUGAUGGGAAUGGGGAUGGAACUUUGACAAUAAAAACAUCAUAUGCAACUGGACGUUCUCCAUACGGAAUUGCAGUUGCUGAUUUUAAUCGCGAUAAUCGAUUAGAUAUUGUCGUUGCUAACAAUGGUCAAAAUAGCAUUAGUAUACUAUUUGGUUCUGUUAAUGGUAGUUUUACGCCACAAACUGAACUUGCUGCUGGCUCUGGUCCUUGGAAUGUCGUUGUUGGUGAUAUUAAUAAUGAUAAUAAAUCUGAUAUUAUUGUCACUAAUUCUGGAAACAAGAGCGUAAGUGUCUAUCUUGGAAAUGGCAAUGGAAGCUUUUUAGUACAAAAAACAUUUGCGGUUGGUUUCUUUCCUGUUGGCAUCGCUCUUGCAGAUUUUAAUAAUGAUAAACAUCAAGAUAUUGUUGUUACCAAUGCUGGCAAUGGGACUAUAAGUAUACUUCUUGGAGCUGGCAAUGGAGCAUUUGCAAAUCAAAUAAUAAUUUCAACUGGUUUUAAUGCUUGGGGAGUGGCUGUCGGUGAUUUUGACCAAGAUGGCCGAACAGAUAUUGCUCUUACUGAUCGAGAUAAUAAUGGAGUUAGUAUUCUUUUUGGUAACGGUAAUGGAUCUUUUGCAAGACAAACACAGUAUUCAACUGAUGAUGGUCCAUGGUCAAUCGUAGUUAGUGAUUUCAAUGGUGAUAAUCGACAAGAUAUUGUUACUGCCAAUACGGGCGAUGAUGAUGUAAGUCUAUUUUUAGGUGUUAGUGGUGGAAAUUUUGCAUCGGGAACUAUUUAUUCUACUGGUCAAUAUCCAUUUGGACUUUGUGUUAAUGAUUUCAAUGGUGAUGGUCGACAAGAUAUUGCUGUUGUAAAUCAAGUAGAUUCCACCGUUGGCAUUAUUUUAAACAAUUGUCAAUAA